AUGGCUGACAACUCGCCCACCAUUGACACGCAGUACCUCUUUGAGCUGAUGCGUCGCAACUGCAGUGCAUUCCUCAAGCGUGCUCUUCAGGCACAGCAACAACUGUCUUCAGGAGGAGGUGGAGGUUUUCUUCAGUCUAAUCAACAAUUGCUGCCACAGCAACAACAUCAGCAGUACCCCAGUCUGCCCUACUCUGGACAAAGCAGCCGUACAACUUCCUCUCGAGCUGAUUUGAGCAGGCAGAACUUUUCCAGCGCCUCGACCUCCUCAACCUUUUCGCUGCCUUCCCUCUACCAGCUGAUCAAUCAGCCACAGCUUCCCACAACCGCCACAAGUGCCACCAGCAUGCCGCCAUCAUUUUCGUUGUCAUCCUCUUCAUCUUCUUCAUCCUCUUCUUCCUCAUCAUCAUUAUCCGGCAGUGAUACCUCCUUGGAGAUUGGGCCUUUUGCAUCCUCCUCAUCCUCGAUCCCGUGGACCUCGGAGGAGCUGCAGCAGCAGAUUCAGCAGCUGAGCGCAGCGGCGGCUGCGGCGGCGGAAAUUCCUGGCGGUGAUCCGAACUACGAGCCGCUCGCCCACCAUCACCAGCAGGAGCACAUCAUCCAGUCGCAUACUGAGUCGGCAAGGAAUGCGCUCAUCUACGUCGCCGUCAUUCUGGUCAUCUACCUGGUGGCAGUGGCCUUCAUCGCCGUGCAGUACUACCACAAACACUCGACGCUGGAUCCGCUGACAGCUUUCAUUCUGCGACGAUCCACCAGUGGAAAGGGUGGUAAGCGGAAGAAUAAGGAUUCUCGAGGUCGAGGUGGUGGCAAACACCAGGUGCGGCGGAAGUACUCAAACAGCGGUGGCAGCGGAUUAGGCUGCAACAAUGGCGGCUUUGAGGCGACUCGGUCGGCGAGCUCAAUGGCCGGCUACCGAAAUGGCGGCUCAUCCUCAAACAACGUGAUCGCCGAUGGAGUUGUGUCGCCGACGACGGCCAAUGCGGCGGCGGCCACCGCCAACAACAGCAAUUUGGGAGCCUCCGGUGUCCCGGUCAGUAACAGCUGCGUCCGCUUUGACCAACUGGCAACUGUGUACUCGGAGAACGGUACGACGACGACCACCAUCGACUCGGCCACCUCAAGUCGUGAUCAACAGCAGCACCAACAGCAGCAGCAACUACUUCAUCCCGGCUCAUCAGCAGCUCAGAUUCAGAUAACAAUCGAGACGGUGGACGAUGACGAUGACGACCUGGAGGAGGACAACAUCGAGGAGGACUACUACGAUGAAGAUGAGGAGGAGGACGAGGAUGAAGAAGAGGAAGAGGAAGAUGGUGAUGAAGAUCACUUUGAAGAGGAGGAGGAGAUGGCCGUUCUAGGGAACACCUCUUAUGAGGUCAUGGAACGAGGAGGUGGUCGACCCAGCAGCAGCAACAACAGCAGCAGCAAGUCAGGCAGCAAACUGCGCUCACUCUUUCACCACUUUCACUCCUCCUCUCACGAUUCCUCCUCCUCCACCUCCUCAAAAACCACCACCAACACACUGAAUCAGCACUGUGGCAAUGGGAAGCAGACGCUGACGCGAUCCUCCUCUCUGCAGACUGCAAACAACACCAAAACCGAUGUGCCCACAAUAGCCGCCGCCGCAGCGGCAGCCACAGGAGUGGGUGUGAUCAGCAGUUCGAUUACCACUGAAGCAGACUACCCUAACUCCAGCCACUCCUCUUGGCGGCCAUCGUCGACUUCUACUGCCGACUCUGCUGACCUUCUCAAGUUCAAGCGGAGCUCCAUUGCCGGUUUCACCGUCGCCGCGGGCACCGGUCCGCUGGGGCUGUUCAAGGCGACGCCGAGGCACUACGAGGAGACGCAUCUCUAA